AAGAAUAUUUCCACAAUAACUCCAUAAUGAUCAAUAUCAGCGUGGGAGCUGUUGCUGAAAAGGACAAUCUCUCAGUCUUUUCCGGUGGCAAGAUGAAAUUAACUGUCAAGGAAACACUAGAAAAUGUGAAAGCGUAUGGAGAAUCUACAAGCGCAUCAGACGACACGGUCUUCUAUCUGUUCACAUGGACAAAAAACAAAUUCAAUGAGUGGAAUUUAUACGAAAAUUCUCCUGGUUCAUCAGAGGUCGAGACAACCGCUACGUUUUGCACCAGCAACACCAGCGCCGCGAUCAUAAGACACUUCCCUGGAAGUAUGAAUUAUUGGAGCAGUGUAAAGUCAACAGCAUUUAUAUUUGGCUCGCAAAACUUCUUGAACUUCAAUACAAAUCAACGGAGAAAAAUAAACGCCACCUUCUCGCGCUGUUACGUUCGCAACAGCAAACGGAAUAAAAGUGAGCACACGAAGAAACCCACUAAUGUUGGUGGCUGUUAGUAAAAAAUCAACAUGGGCACUUGCAGAAAGAAGUUUACAUUUUGAAUUGCCAAUAAACUAAGACCCACGUGCA